CGUCUGAUUUUCGUCCUCGUUUUUUUCUUAAAAAGACGAGCGAAAUGAUCACAUCGAAACUUCCCAUCGCUCUAUUUUUAAAAAGAACAUGUCUGUCAUCAAGCCCGACCGCCUCGUUUUAACAUUACUAUGGAUACGUUACGGUGAAAGAAGAAGUUAAAAAACUUUUCUCCGAUCCUCGGGAGCGCAGCACAAUGGACUCGAGACAGAGGAAGCGCUCCGGAGGAGGAGGAGGAGUGAGGCUGUGGAGGCUCUGCUUGUAUCUAGCCGGCCUUUCCUGUGGCUCGGCUCAGCUCAGCUACUCCGUAUCGGAGGAACUCAGCCCGGGCUCGGUCGUUGGGAACAUCGCGAAAGAUUUGAGUCUCACUGCUCAAAGGAUCGCUCAGAGGAGGCUGCGGGUGGUCUCGGAAUCCACAACGCAGUAUUUUGAGGUGAAGCUGGCGACCGGCGAUCUGGUCAUCAAGCACAAAAUUGACAGGGAACAAAUGUGCGAACUGAGUGCAGCAUGUUCACUACAUCUCCAACUACUUCUGGAGGAACCUUUAGAAAUCCACCGCGUCGUGGUGGACAUUCUGGAUGUGAAUGACAACGCGCCGCAGUUUUCAACCAGCAACAUUUCUCUGGAGAUAUCCGAGGCGGCGGCUCCUGGCACAACGUUCCUCUUGGAGAGCGCGCACGACCCGGACGUGGGUACCAACUCGUUACGGACUUACCAUCUCGCAGCCAAUGACUUUUUUAUUUUGAACGUGGAAACUAAAAGUGACGGCAGUAAGUUUCCAGAGCUACUGGUGGAUAAACCUUUGGACAGGGAGACGCAGGCCUCGUUUCGCCUUUUGCUCACUGCGUUAGAUGGGGGCCAGCCGGUGAGAUCUGGCACAACACUUAUGCUCAUUAAAAUUCUGGAUGUAAAUGACAAUGCUCCCGUCUUUGACGAGCCGGUAAAGAAAGUUAGGCUUUUAGAAAAUGUUGCACGGGGCACUUUAGUGACAAAAUUGAACGCGACUGACGCGGAUUCGGGUAACAACGGAGAAAUAUCUUUCCUCUUUAGUAAGUACACCCCGGAACGCGUGUUCAGCCUUUUCAGUGUGGAUUCUAAAAGCGGGGAGAUCCGUGUGAAGGGGGAUGUGGAUUACGAGAAAGCCACUGCAUACCACAUCACAGUUCAGGCCAGAGAUGGGGGGUCCCCCGCGAUGGAGGGCUCUUGUAACGUCAUAGUGGACAUCAUUGAUGUGAAUGACAACGCACCAGAGGUCACACUGACUAAACUAACCAGUCCGAUCAGAGAGGACUCGGCCCCAGAGACUGUGAUAGCGCUCAUCAGUGCACGGGACCUGGACUCUUCUGUAAAUGGCAAGGUUACAUUAACUGUCCAACCAGGUUUACCAUUUAAACUAAAUUCAGCUUUUGGCACGCACUACAGCCUCACCACUGCUGGACACCUGGACCGUGAGACUGUCUCAGAGUACACAGUGGUCAUCAAGGCCACUGAUGCCGGGUCCCCUCCCCUUUCGUCACAAACCACCUUUGUGGUGAAGCUCUCCGAUGUAAAUGACAACGCUCCCACCUUCUCCCAGCCUUCAUACUCUGUGGACAUCCCAGAGAACAAUGCUCCCAGUGCCUCCAUUGCUGCGGUUUCAGCCACUGAUCCGGACCUCGGGGACAACGCUCACAUCUCCUACUCUAUCUUCCCCAGCAUGGUCCAGGGCUCACCCAUCUCUUCUUAUGUCUACAUUAACCCAGAGAGUGGCCAGAUCUACAGCAUGCGCUCUCUGGAUCACGAACAACUUAAAGCUUUCCGUAUUGAGGUGCAGGCCCGAGAUGCUGGAGUGCCGCAAAGGUCAGCCAACGUCACGGUGCACGUAUUUGUGGUGGACGUGAAUGACAAUGUGCCAGUGAUUGUUUACCCCUCCUACCUAAAAGACAAAGGAUUACAUUUAACUUUGCCACCAUCUGUGGGCCCAGGACAUCUCGUAAAUAAACUUGUAGGCGUGGAUGCAGACAGUGGGCACAAUGCAUGGUUGUUCUACUCCAUCGUCCCCGGACCAAAUGCUGGCAUGUUCCGUAUCGGGGCCCACACUGGUGAGCUCCGUACAGCCCGCAAAUGGGACGAGGAGGAAGGGGGCUCGACGUAUGACAUUGUGGUCAUCAUUCAGGACAACGGUGACCCGCCGAAGUCCAGUUCCGUGAACAUCACAGUAACUGUCGAUGAGAAAGGCACAAUUCAUGAUGCUCCGGCACGCCCACGCCACACACCUUUCUACCAUCGCACUGGGAUGUCGGACAUCACUUUGUACCUCAUCAUCGCUCUAGCCAGUGUGUCAGCGGUGUCCUUUAUCACGUUUGUCAUCCUCAUGGUACGUUGCCUAAGGCACCGCGACCCACUGCUCGGAGACUCUGACUGCUGCAGCUGCUACGGUCAUAACAGUUCCAGCCGCUACCAUCAGAGGCCAGGCAAGGACCUGCACCUGCAGCUCAAUACUGAUGGGCCCAUACGAUACAUGGAGGUUGUGGGUGGUUCCCAGGACCCCAACACACGCACCUACAGGCCCUGUUACUCCACCAUAUCCAGCCGGAGUGACUUUGUAUUUAUGAAGACACCCAUGAUGAGUCACAACAACACGCUCAACAUGACACUCAGCAGGAAGCACCUUAUGAACUCAGCCAGUGAGCAAAAGCCUCCCAACAAUGACUGGCGCGUCACACAGGGACCGAGACCUGGACCUAGUGGUGCAACUGGAGGACCUGAGGUUGCCAUGGGAACUGGCCCUUGGCCCCAACCCCCCACUGAGGCCGAGCAGCUUCAGGCCCUGAUGGCUGCAGCCAACGUAGGCGAGGCUACGGCCACACUGGGACCCGGCACCAUGGGCCUGAGCACCCGCUACAGCCCCCAGUUCACCCUGCAGCACGUGCCCGACUAUCGCCAGAACGUCUACAUCCCCGGGAGCACGGCCACUCUAACCUCCAACCCCCAGCAGCAGCAGGCCACGGCCCAGCAGGCGGCCCAGCAGGCGGCCCAGCAGGCGGCCCAGCAGCAGGCGGCCCAGCAGCAGGCGGCCCAGCAGCAGGCGGCCCAGCAGGCGCUGCCUCCGGCCCAGGUCUUGGUCCAGCCCGAGCCUCCAAAGGCCGCCCAGACCCCUGCCUCCAAGAAGAAGUCCACCAAGAAGGAGAAGAAGUAGAGUUGGACGAAGAGAGGUGGAGGAAUGAGGGACCCGGCUUGAUCUGAUGAGAAAUGCAACCCCUCAUGCCCCCCCCCCCCCAUAAGGUAUCUAAUGCUCCGCUGUCAAUCAUGUUAGCCACGGUUUAAAUAAUUACAGCAAAUCACUUUUGACGACAUGGACGUUGGAUAGAUGUUGAUGGUUGUUUGAAAGUGUCUUGAAUGUGCUGAAGGCGGUUGUUGGUGUUGAUAACCCGUGCUGUGCUAAAACAUUUUUUGCUCACAUAAUGUUUGUUGGUAGAUUAUUUUGGCCGGGUAUGGGGGGUUAUUGUGAUUCUUUGUUUUUCUUUUGACAAAAUCAAUUGAACUUGGACAAAGAGAUUCAGUGUAAGGAACCUUGCUGGGAUGACAAGGCAGUACGAAGUGAUGUAUUCAGAGAUGAAAUGUUAAUGUUUUUCACGUUGGAUUUAUUGUGCUUUCCCUGAGAUGGAAAGUCAGCUAUUGUAAAGUUCGCUAAUUGCCAUCCAUAAGAUUCCUAUAUAGGGUCGGCCUUGCAGGGUCUUAAACCAUAAGUCCUGUGGAUAUAAGGCUGUUGUUUGACAGGUAUUACAAACUCUUCUGCAUGCUCUUUAAGGUUCAAAUCACAUAUACUAGUUUAUAGUUGCAAACUAUGCAUUGCAAAAGCAAAGAGGACAAUCUGACUCCGUUAUCCUCCAUCCGAUUGCAGGUCAACAUGAUGCACAUGUAGCAUUGACUUGACACAAAAUUAAAAUGACUUUUUCAAGCAUAGUAAAAAAAUAAAAUAACUAAUCUCCUGAGAUUUUUAAGAUCUGAGCAUGCAUCCUAAGGAAGGUUCCGGCAGAGGGCGGGUGACAUGGUUCUGUGUCAUUGAGUCCCACGCCAUGCUGUCCAUGCUGUAGCAGCAGAGACUUGUGUAACACCUGCAGAUGGGCACAGACAUUUCCUGCUGCACCCUCAACCCUCCCCUCCUCCUCACACCCAGCUUGUGUCCUCUCCUCACUCACUACCCCAAGUCGAGAGCCAAACAAAGAGAAAUGGACUGUUCGUAUUUUGAAGAUCAGAUAAUGAAGGGGUAGUAAUCGCUUCGGUGUUUGGGGAAACGCAUAGAAACUUAAGUGCUUAGGACCAUCUAGACACUUUACAUGCCUUUAGGGCCUCGACUGAGUAUUACCCCUCACUAUUCUGAAGUGUUGAAUAACUUCUUGAUGUGACACAGUAACAUGUUUUUUUUUCUUUGGGAGAUAGUGACUCAAUAGCAUAGAAGAAUUGUUUGUAUAAGAUAUGAAGUCUUUACUAUGCCGUCCAUCUGUCCUUCAGGCCUCCGGCCAGAUACAACUGCAUGAGAAAAAGCAGCUGGCAGGCUGGGUCAGGGGGAGUGGAAGGGGUGAGGGGUUCACAGACUGAGGUGGCACCAUAACAUCAACCAGAGGGGUGAUAAACACCAUUGGCUCUACCCACUGAAUGUACAGAGGAACCACUGUUGAUCUGUCCACUCCGUAAACUUUCUCUAAUGCACUGACCCCGGUAGAGGUCAACAGAGCCAAGCACAGCUGUCCCUGUUGGUGAUGAGAUACCACUCAAGAGCUCUUUGAAUUGUCCCUCCUCUGUUGCCAUCAUGAGAAGCCUUAGCCUCUCUUCCACUCACCUCUCCGCUCCCUGGUCCUUUUGAGGCUCUUCUCCACUGUAAAUAAACACACAGUCCUGUCGAUGGUAUGAGCCAGUUGUUUGUAUAGUAGGGAUUAAGUCCAACAGUUUCAAAAUAAAAGUCCCUCCAACAAGGCGUGGCUUACUACUGGAAUGUGUUGCAUUUUGUUUUUCAGGAAAAAUAAGAAAACUACAGUAAAAAAAAAAAAAUAAUCAAUAAUGAGAAAAAAUCUGAGAUGUUCUUCAACAGUUUGUGUUGCAAUGUAGUAACUAAGCACCAUGGAAGCCAACUAACACUUCAGUGUAAAUAAAUGAAUUAAAGACAACUUUAGAAGUAAACAAAGUGACACACGUAGACUAGUUAACUUGUGGUAUGUGUUGCGCAUAUUUUUGUGUUCAGUUUCUCUCUGCUAUCUUUUGUCACCCUUUAAAGAAACAAAACAAAAAACAAAAAAUAUGGAAAUGUUUCUAUCCUUCUGGAACCUCUUAAUGUUCUUUUGCGGUGAUUUUAUCUUGUGCAUUUGUGAAAGAAUGCCUUUCAUUCUCUUUCUGUCCAUAUGAACAAAUGAUUAUAAAUAUUAUAUAUGUGUAAGUCCGUCCGCUGCUGAAUUAAUACUACUCUAUCCUGCUGUAUUAUCUUUCUUAUCAAAUGCUUAGCCCCCACACUAUACCCCUGUGUUACUCUUAUUUUUAUGCUAAUAUUUAUAUUGCUGUUUUAUUUUCUCUUGAACACUGACAUUUCAAAUAAAAAGAUUCUGAAAUCAUUAAAAAGA